CAGAUCCUGCUGUCUGUGGAUAUUAAAGCUAAACAUGUACGGAGCGAAGAGAGCCCGGCUUUCCCAACACAUUCUCGGCUUGUAAAGGUAUGGCCUCACAGGUUUUGGUCUGCCCACCACACGCACAACAGCCCCAGACAAGUGCCUUUAGCAGUGUGAGGAAAGCGGAGGCCACCAGCUGUGUGUACCAUAAGAAGCCCCCUCGUACCUACAUAGUUGGUGUGAAUCUAGGCAUUGCGCACCCAACCAACAUUACUUCAUCUUUAAAAAGAGAAGUACAGGAGGGCGGCAAAUAUUGGGGUGUGCACGCUUCAUUACAGACUGUGGAUCCUGGUGAGCAGCGCAAAGUGAUUCCUCCUUCUUACAGGUGCGAGGGAGACCAAGGGAGUGAAGGAGAAAAAGGAGAGGACGAGGAGAGCAGAUGUGGAUUUAAUCAUAAAGGCGAGGAGCUGGGCGGAUGUUAUAGGACCAUGCAGAUCGUAGAGGAACAUUCAGCAAUGCCGGCCAUUCUGCAGAGCAACGUGAGCAACACGGCUCCCGCUAAUCAAAGUGUUUCAGGCACUGGGGGUGGGGCUGAUGAUGGGGACUACCAGCUGGUUCACCAUGAGGUUCUGUGCUCCAUGAAGCACACGUACGAGGUGCUGGAGUUUCUGGGACGUGGCACGUUCGGCCAGGUUGUGAAGUGCUGGAGGCGCGGCACAAAUGAAGUAGUGGCUGUCAAGAUUCUGAAAAAGCACCCGUCGUACGCUCGACAGGGCCAGAUCGAAGUGGGCAUCCUGGCACAACUGAGCGGAGAGAACGCAGAGGAGCACAACCUGGUGCGUGCAUUCGAGUGCUUCCAGCACCGCAGCCACACAUGCCUGGUGUUCGAGAUGCUCGAACAGAAUCUGUACGACUUCCUAAAGCAGAAUAAGUUCAGCCCGUUACCACUGAAGGUGAUCCGGGCUAUUUUGCAGCAGGUGGCCACGGCACUCCGGAAGCUGAAGAGCCUCGGGCUCAUUCACGCCGACCUCAAACCCGAGAAUAUCAUGCUGGUGGACCCUCACAGGCAGCCUUACCGCGUCAAGGUCAUUGACUUUGGCUCGGCCAGUCACGUCUCCAAGGCCGUGUGCUCCACCUACCUGCAGUCACGCUACUACAGGGCGCCAGAGAUCAUCUUGGGUUUGCCCUUUUGUGAGGCCAUAGACAUGUGGUCACUAGGCUGCGUCAUCGCUGAGCUGUUUCUCGGUUGGCCGCUCUACCCCGGAGCCCUGGAGUAUGACCAGGUUCGCUACAUUUCCCAAUCGCAAGGACUGCCUGGAGAGCACCUGCUGAACGUGGGGACAAAAACAUCCCGAUUUUUUUGCAAGGAGGCCGACUCGCCGUAUGCAGCCUGGAGACUAAAGACGACCGAGGAGCACGAGCUGGAGACUGGAAUGAAAUCGAAGGAGGCCAGGAAGUACAUUUUCAGUUGUCUGGAUGACAUCGGCCAUGUGAACCUGGUGUUGAACAUGGAAGGCUGUGAUCAGCUUGCAGAGAAAGUGGACCGGCGGGAGUUUGUGGACCUGCUGAAGAUGAUGUUGCUGAUUGAUGCUGAUCAGCGCAUCAGUCCAGCAGACGUGCUCAACCAUCCAUUUGUCUCCAUGCAGCACUUACUGGACUUUCCACACAGCAACCACGUGCAGACAUGUUUCCACAUCAUGGACAUUUGCCACUCCAGGGGCAACACGUACGACACAGUGAACCGCAACAAAGCUCCACCCCCUCUCAUGAAACCAGUCACUCUGCCCAGCGGCCCCAACGUUGCUGUCUUCAAUAAAAUGCCACCCAUGCACUCGCAGGCUCUGCCUCCACCUGCUCCGCCUGUGGUGCAUCCUGGCAUUCCAUUGCAGACCGGAAAUGCUCAGUUUGGCUGCACCGACUCUUUUCAGCAAACACUCAUCCUCUGCCCUCCAGCCAUUCAAGGAAUUGGGUCGAACCCCAACCAACCGUCUGGAUAUUCGGUCAGGAUGGAGAACACACUGCCAUUGGUGACUCAAGCUCCAGCCAUCCAGCCUUUACCCCUCAGACCUGGAGUGAUUGCACAGCAGCCGUGGUCCAACAGGACACCACAGAUCCUGGUGCCAACGUGGCAGCAAGUUCCACCUCCACAAACCACGCUGCCCUCGGACACUCUGUCCUGCCAUCAAAGAAGAGGGGACUGGGGGAAAAUGCGUCCACACAGCACCCAUUAUGGUUCUAUGAUGCCCCAACCUUUUGUACCCAGUCAGAUGACAGUAUCUGCACACCAGCCCAUAAACAUAGGCAUUGCUCAUGUGGUGUGGCCUCAGACUGCACCCAGCAAGAGCAACAAGCCCAAUCAAAACAGGAGUAUGAACACUUUCCACUAUGCAGAUACACAGCCUUCACUGUGUAGUGUCUCACCAAAAAACCAGAACAUGCAGCAGAGCCAGGAGGGGAAACAUAUAAACAGGGAGGUGGAGUUACGCACCAAACAGGAACCAAAGCACAUAGAAGACACGGGGGAUGUUGGGUGCUGUAAAAAGGAUCUGAGUCCUAAGAAGCAUUUAUUAAUAUCCAGUCAGCAGCGGGAGUCUGUUGUUAACGGUGAAACGCCGAGCCCGACAGUCAGUGUCAUAACCAUAAGCAGCGAUACGGAUGCCGAGGACGAGACGGAGCAGAGAUGUUCCCACAGCAUGUGUAAGGGCAGUCCAGAAUGUGAGGCAUGUAAAGGUUCUCUAAAUAUGGAGCGAGUUUGUUCUCUCAGCAGUCCAGACAGCAGCUUGAGCACAAGCUCCUCAACUUCGCCCCAGUCCAGCCCCUCACCAUGCAAGAGACCCAACAGCAUGUCUGAGGAUGAUGGUCACGAGAGCGGCUGUGACGCUGUAGACGGCUCCCCUGCGUCAGACAUACACAGUGGUCUGUUUCCAGAGAAACGUUUUCUAAACACCAAUCAGAAGCAAAAGGCUGAAGAACAGCGUGUAAACACAAGCAUUGUGACACAGACGAGACCUGCAGUCAGAACCGUGGUGGUGCCGCCACUUAGAGUCAUCAACAACAACCACCAGCAGCAGCAGCACGGCAGCUCAGUGUUCGAGUCAUCCUGCCAGUCUCGCGGGCGCUGCGCUCCUGUCCGGUUAAGUCUUCACUCUACUCCAAGUUUGCCACGCCAGCACAAGAUCCCAUCCACAUUCCAGCAGCAGCCUCUGGGCUUUGGCCAGGUCCAGCACUACGGCUCAGGGCACAAAGAGUGGAACGGCAACUACACUCAGCAUCGCCGGCCACAGGCCUUCAUCCCUCCCACAGUGCAUGGACACACCUUUCCCCAUGCCAGCCCCACCCACUCGGUCCAGGUCCCGCCCCCAGCCCUGCUUCCCUAUCCGCAUUCCGGGCCCGUCGCCCACCUGCUGCCCUCGCCUCGGCCCGUACUGCAGCCCGCCUACAGCCUGGUGCCACAGGGCAUCAGUGUGGGCAUCGACCCAUGCCUGCUCCCCUCACCCACUUUGCACCCACCAGGCGCAUUCAAAACCCUCUUCACGCCGCACUCGUACGUAACAACGCCCGCCUACGCCGGGUUUCCCCUCAGCCCCAGCAAACUUCCCCAUUACCCUUACAUCUGAUGCACGCCCAUGAGAACCCCAGAGGCCCUUACUGUCCUGACAGUUUACCCGCCAGGAAUCGUGUAGUUUAAUGUUGGCUCUGAUUUUAAAGAGAUAUCAUGAAAUAAAUGGGUAAAUACA